GAUGUCUAUGACACGAAACACUGGGCCUACAUGAUGCGCGAGAAGGAGAUGGUAAUAACGAGUAAUCUAAAUAUUUUGCAAAUUUGCCUUAAGUUGAAAUUUACAUGCCCUAAGAUUUGUCAUUACUUGUUUUUUGCAGAAGCUUGAACCUUUGAAGAUUCGGUAUCACGGGGUCUCUGGUCCUGCCAUGCCUUACGAUGAGCGGUACACACCGUACAUCAAGCAGGCAGGACUACUCCCGUGGAUUCAGUUGGUCAGCCGGUCCAUGCCGAAUCUGAACGCUCCACUGGUGUCCGGUCUUGCUGAUCGGUGGAGGUCGGAGACGCAUAGUUUCCAUCUUUGGACUGGGGAGAUGACCGUGACGCUCGAGAAUGUCUCGUUGAUCACCGGUCUUGCUAUCGACGGGAUGCCUCUCUGUAUGAGCAUCGAUUCUGAUGGGUGGCGCGAGCAGAUGAUUGCUCUUAUCGGUAUGGCUCCUACUGAGGCUGAGGCUGAUGUAGAGGAGGGAGAAGAGAAGAAGAAGAGGGAAAGGAAAGCAGCCGGAGCUGCUUUCACGUGGAUUCAAACUCACUUUGCGACGUGCCCUCCGGAUGCCACUGAUGAUGUGAUCCAGACACAUGCUCGUGUCUACAUGUGGUAUGUUGUGUCGAGGACUUUGUUUCCUGACUCCACUGGCAAGAACGCUCCAUGGAUGUGGCUGAAGGCGUUGACCAUCUUCGAUAGCAAAUGGAGCUGGGGUUCAGCGACUCUUGCCUACUUUCGACAGCUGGACGAUGCGUGUUGCAGGAUCACAGAUAGUGUAGGCAUUGGUGGUAAUAUGCUUCUACUUUCUGUAUGGAGCUGGGAGCGUCUGCCUGUUGGACGCCCGAAGAGCGUCAGGUUUAAUCCUUGGUAUGAAGAUGAACAUGACGAAUUACGGCGCCCCACUUGGGCUUACAAGUGGGAUGUGGUUUCCGAGAUGACGAACGAUGUCAAUCUCAUGUACCAGAAGUACGUUGCCGAGUUGGACACGAUUACGCCUGAGCAGGUGGAAUGGCAGCCAUAUGGCGCCGAUGACAGACUUGGGUACACCCAGAAGUUUAGCAUCAACCCGAUGUGCUUGCGGGAUAGGGAUCUCUGGCUUAUGCGGUGCCCACUGAUAUGCAACUGGGCUGUUGAGUUUCAUUUGCCACAUCGCGUGUUUCGUCAGUUUGGUCUGUUCCAGCCUCACCCGCCGGAAUGGGUGGAUACGGACAAAGCACUUCAUAGGUUGGACAUGAGAAGGCAGCGGAAGAUAAAGGACUGGGACAAGCAUCAUGCUUCGUAUGUUACCUGCUUCCAGCUUUGCAUGGAGCAAGCUCGUAGCAGUGCACGCGCCCAGCUUCGUGAGCAUAACCCACUUGCUUUUGAUAACAGAAGCGUUCCAGUAGCUUUUGCACCCAAAAAUUUGCUAAGUCAGUAUGCAGCGCCUAAGGAAGAGGCGCUGCACUGAGUAGUGUGGCGCCUUACCCUUAGGCGCUGCACUAUCUGCUGUUUUCAAAUACAAAGUGCUUUUUAUGUUUUGUGAUUCACAUAGAUGGCACAUGAUCGUAUCCAAAUCACAUGUAGUAGUCCAAAACACAGAAAGAAGACAUAGCACAUAUAGUAGUCCAAAUCACAUACUCAUACACACAUAGCAAUAGAGUAGUCCAAUCACAUAGUCAUACACAAACAUUCAGCCAAAAGACAUAGUCAUUUACGUCUCAUAGCACAUAGUAGCACACAUUUUGGUUCGUAAGAAGGUC